AGGGGCGUGUUGUCUCUGCGUUUGUUCAUUUCUUCCUUCUUGCCGUAGGCAAAGGCAAAGUGUUCUCUAGAUUUUCAUUCAGACCAGGAGAAGGAACGGCUACUCAUGUUUUACAGCCUGACGGAGUUAAUGAAAUUUGGAGAGCUCUUGUGCCUUGCAAGGUUGACAUAGCCUUGAACACGUGAAACACUGCAAUGAGAGCCACACAUCGAGCUGUCAAAUGUAUUGUGUCACUGACUCUCAUUUGGCUGGUGCUUACUGUUGAAGGUCGUUUCUUCUGCUACCGACGCUUAAAAAAGCGGAACCAGUGUGGCGGAUAUUUAAAGAAGGAGAACUAUUUAGACAAAGCCGCUUGCUGCAAGGGUAGAGGAGAAGGUUUUGCUGACAAAAAGGUGAAAUUGGGACGAAAUCGCUUCCAGUGUACACCUUGUCCAGAUAUUGAGGUCAAAAGUGGUCCGAGAGAAGAGAUCCUUGACAAGCAGACAGUCACUCCAGAACUAACCACUCCAACAACAGCGACCACAUCUAGUUCAACUGCUAAACUUUUAUGGCCGACUCAAGCUGUUCGUGUCGAAUAUCACAUUGACCCUGACCGCCCCCCUCCACGAGACGACAAUGGUCAGCUGAUUGUUUGGGAGCAGUGGUCACCCUGCUCUGUCUCGUGCGGUGCUGGCUGGAGGUCCAGGGCUAAGGUCUGUGACAGCUGUGACCGCAACGACUAUGAAAAUGUCCAGUCCCAGCCAUGCAUGAUCAACUUUUAUUGUCCAGUUGAUGGUAGCUGGGGCCCCUGGUAUCCGUGGGAGCCCUGCUCCUCUACGUGUAACCGAGGCACACGGAGUAGGUCAAGGAAAUGUAACUACCCUCCUCCUGCCUACGGAGGAGCGCCAUGUGAAGGGGACGGACUAGCUGUCCAGGAAUGUAACAGCCGACCCUGUCCAGUGGACGGAGGCUGGGGCGAGUGGUCAGACUACACGGAAUGCAGCAGCUCUUGUGGUACUGGCACAUCAAAGAGAACACGGCAUUGCGACACACCUGUGCCACUACACGGAGGAAAAGACUGUGUAGGUUCAGACAUCAUGACCAAAAAAUGUGAAAUUGUCAAAUGUCCAGUGGAUGGAGGAUGGUCACUCUGGAACGCCUGGACAUGGUGUGCAGUGACAUGUGGCCGAGGCAUCAGGGAACGCUCAAGAGCUUGUGAGAGUCCCAAGCCACAGCACGGGGGCAGAGACUGUGAAGGUCUAAGAGCAGAACAAGAUGAAUGUUUUGGCAGUCGACCUUGUCCUAUUGAUGGUGGCUGGAGUGAGUGGUCACCAUAUGGCUACUGCAGGGCUUCAAGGUGCAGUGCUGGACAUCAGAUCAGAACACGUUCCUGCUCCAAGCCUAGUCCAGCCCAUGGAGGGAAACCUUGUGUUGGCCAGCAGUAUGAAAGGAUCUCUUGUUUCAAUGACCAGGACUGCCCACGCAACGGCAGCUGGUGUGAAUGGAGUGAAUGGAAUAGCUGCUCAACAACCUGUCAGCACAACAGUCUACAAGGUCGACACAGGCUGUGUGCGUGUCCUGCUCCUAAAAAUGGUGGACUCAACUGUCAAGGAGACAGUCUGGAAGUAAGACGCUGUGAAAAGGUCCCUAUCUGUAGCAGUCCAGAGCCAACACUGGCAACAGAAACUCUGGAUGAGACAUAUGAUGAGGAAACACAGUAUAAAGAUACGCAGGAACCUCCAGAAGUGACAGUAGGGGAGACAAUCCAUACAAGUACAGAGAAAGUCUCAUCAGAAGAGGAAACAGGAUAAUGACAAGAAAUUUUGUUAGAGUACAUACUUAACCGUCUAAGAAAGUGUACAUACUUGAGCCGUAUAGAGUGAUCUAUCUACUACACUACUGUAAACUGUAUUAAGUACCCAUGUAGAAAAACAAGAACCGUGACCACAUCUGCAGGAAACCUGAGACACAGGCAGAGAAAAUUGUGUAUAAAUUUAUACUUUUGAACCAUCCCUCUAAUGUAACUAUAUUUUACUAUGACACUACUGGUAUGUCUGUAAAUUACGGUAGUACAUAUUUUGUAAAGUGACUGAUCAGUGUUACAUGUAUGCAAGUAAUCAACAACUGUAACAAUGCCCAUUAUCUUUUUUGUACAAUAAACUACUACAACUAUU